AUGUCUCACAAGAAAUCAACAAAAAGAUCUCUAACAUCCCAGAUGGAUCGCAACAUUCGUCAAAUGAUGAAACUAAUUGAAGAUAAUGGAGAUUCAUUUGCACAAAAAGCUGAAAUGUAUUACAAAAAGAGACCAGAAUUGAUCUCUCUUGUUGAAGAGUUUUACCGCGGUUAUCGGUCAUUAGCCGAACGUUAUGAACAUGUAACAGGCGAAUUGUGGAAAAACAUACCUUCUGAUCUUCAAUCUCAUGGUUCAUUUGUUUCUGAUAACGGUUCUGAACCACCUCCUUCUUUGCCUUCAGCUUCUCCUAUAAAAAUGGGACGUCGAAUAGCAAGUAACCGUGCUGCAGGGUUCGAUUUCUUUCUCGGUUCUGGUGGAAACAAUUUUGAUGCAACAAGUCAAAAAGAUGGAGAUGCAUCUUCGACUUUGACAGAUAGCGAUGAUGAAUUUGAUGACGCUUCAUCUAUCAAUAGUUAUUCGGGUUACUUCGGGAAUUCAAGUGAUCAUGGUAUGACUAAAAGGGUUAUUGAAUUGGAAAUCGAUUUACGUGAGGUGAAAGAAAAACUUUUGUUUUAUGAGCAACAAGAACAUGGUGAAUAUUUUGGUGACAAAAUCAAUGCAUAUGCACAAGAAUUGAAGAAUGUGAAUGAACAUUUGAGGCAUUCAGAAGAGGAAAUUAAUAAACUUAAUAUUGAGGUUGAAAAAUAUAAGUCGAUGGAAUCAUCGAUACAUUUGCAGGAUGAUACGUGUUCCAGGCUAGGUCAGGACCGGUCCGAAUUGGACCAAUGUACGAUCAAUACACAUGAAUUAUCAUCAUCAUCAACAAAAAAAGAUAUCGAUGAUGAUCUUAGAUUGGAAAAAGAAAAAGUUGAGAAUUUUGAGAUGCAAAUAGCUUCAUCGAAAAUUGAGGCAAGUAAAUCAAAUGAAAAUUUUCAGCAAUUGCAGGAUCAACUUAACUUGGCUCACAAGGAAGUUGCUACAUGGAAAAAUAAAUUCGAUUCUUUGAAGAGCGAUAACACAAAACUUCAAGAAAAAGUUUCAAUGCUGCAAACAUGUCUAUCAGAAAGAGAAAAUGAGAUCAAGGAUUUAAAUGCCGUUUUAUUCGACACAGAACAGAAAAGCUUCUUUGAAAAAGCACAGUUAAAGACUGAAGUGUGUAAAUUGUUGGAGAAACAGAAUCACAUGGAAAUAAGACUCAAAGGUGAAACUGAGAUAUUGAAGGGAGAGAUUAAGGAUAUGAAGAAAAAUGUAGAAGAAAUUAAUGUGAGUCUUAAAGGUUUGGUAUUAGAGAGAGAUAAUCUCAAACAAGAAGUUGGUUUACUCAAAGAAGAGAUGAAUUCAAGAGGUAAAAUAAUUCAACAGGCAUAUAGACAUGUGGUAAAACUAGAAUCAAGAGCUAAGGAAUUAGAAGAUGAGAUUGAGAGGCAAAAGAUUGAGAUAUUAGAAGGAGCCGAAGAGAAACGCGAAGCAAUAAGACAGUUAUGUUUCUCACUUGAACAUUAUAGAAAUGGAUAUAAUGUUCUUAGAAAGGCUUUCAUAGAUCACAAAAGGUUACCAGUUUUGGCAUCUUAA